AUGACCGGGCCGUCAGGUGCCUCUCUCCUCCUUGCUAACACGACGAUAACUAAGAAGCUUGAAGAUGAUGACCUCGCAUAUGUACAGCAACGAGCGAAGAACAGAGACUAUGAAUGGCAAGUGGUUUGGAGAAACGUACUCGCUUUUGUUUACCUCCACAUCGCGGCACUUUACGGCUUAUAUUUGAGUUUUACUGGCAAAGUCCAAUUUGGAACUAUUUUGUUUGCAAUAUUUUUUGCCUGUAUAUCUGCGAUGGGAGUCACGGCGGGAGCUCACAGGCUAUGGGCCCAUAAAGCUUACAAAGCACGCUGGCCGCUACGGGUGUACCUCGCUUUGAUGCAAACUAUGGCCUUCCAAAAUCAUAUUUAUGAAUGGGUUCGAGAUCACAGAGUGCAUCACAAGUUCACGGAGACAGAUGCUGAUCCACAUAAUGCCAAGAGAGGCUUUUUCUUUUCCCAUAUCGGAUGGCUGAUGGUUCGCAAACACAAAGAUGUUUUUGAAAAAGGUGCUUCCGUCGACAUGUCAGACCUUGAAAAGGAUCCCAUAGUUAUGUUCCAAAAAAAAACGUAUUUAGUACUGAUGCCGCUACUAUGCUUCAUAAUUCCAGCGUGGAUCCCAGUCUAUUGCUGGGGUGAAAACGCUUGGAUUUCGUGGUACGUGGCCUCUAUUACCAGAUACACGGUGACACUACAUUUUACUUGGCUCGUUAACUCCGCUGCUCACAUUUGGGGCAAUAGGCCCUACGACAAAAAUAUAGGCGCGACAGAUAAUAAAACUGUUGCUAUCUGCGCCUUGGGCGAGGGGUGGCAUAAUUAUCAUCACGUAUUUCCUUGGGACUACAAGGCGGCAGAGCUCGGCAACUACAGCACCAACCUGUCGACUGCGUUGAUAGACUGGGCAGCUAAACAUGGUUUGGCUUACGACCUUAAAACUGUAUCAGCUGAUAUGAUUCGAAAAAGAAUAAACAGAACUGGAGAUGGCUCACAUCCGUGGUCUAAAGCGAGCUUGGAAACCGAAGAUAAUCACUAUCAUCCAGAAAACCCAGUGUGGGGAUGGGACGACCAAGACAUGACACAGGAAGAAAAACAAUUUGCCGAAAUAGUUCACAGAAAAACUGAGUAA